AUGAACCGGACUGUCGGGGAUUGGUCCGAACAAACUUCUUCGAGUGGUAAACGAUAUUACUACCAUCGGAUAUCAGAGGUUUCACAAUGGGAGAAGCCCGAAGAAUGGAAGGAAUGGGAACGACAAGAAGAGGAACGGAAAAAGCUUGCCGCCAUGGCCAGUGCAGCUCGUCCCGGAAUUCCAGCAGCUUCCUAUCAGGGAAAUCCACUGGCACAAAAUAACUAUCUAAACCAUCCACCACCUCCGCCGCCUCCGAUCUCUUCGCUGAACCUCACCAGUGUUACUAACCACGGCUACACGAACCCUUACGGGCCGGGUCCUCUUGCCACGCAAGUGUCUUUCCCAGUGAAUCUAACAAAUUUCGCUCCUGCGCACGUAGCAUCACCGAGAAAUCUUCACCAGCAUCAGAGUGCGGUCAGCACUCCGUCUUCGGGCCUACAUCGUGAGGCGAGAGAAAAUCGGCCGGAACGGGACCGUGCGCGCGAUUUGCAAUCAUUUCGCGAACGAGAACGGUCUCAACAGAAGACGUCACCGAGAGACCGUGACCGAGAGCGACCGAGGGAAACUGAGAGAAAUAACCAUGUGCAGCCAUCCACUUCCCACUACAAAGACAGUAAUUCGCACGAUGUUCCUUCGAGCUCAUUCCACGAUGAUGAUCGAAAUACGACACCAUCAAGGAAACGGUUAGAGGAGCGGCCGCGGCUUUCCGCAGACGAAAGACCUGUAAAGACACCACGUCUGGAAAGAGAAAGAGAAGAGAAAACGACGGAAAUGAAUGGAGGGCCCGCCAACCACGAGACCAAUGGCGGCGGAGACUCAAUUCCACAGGAGACCGGUAGUGCUGGAAGUGUGCCGAUGGACAUCGAGGAUGAGCGGACGGAGAGCAAUGAGCUGCAGGAACUCGCCAAGUUCUACGACCCGCAGUUGGCGGAGAAGACGCUACGGGAGAUGAGCCUUGAGGAGGACCAUAAGGGCCUGAUGGACAUGAUGAUCGACACUUCGAAGCUGAUCUUCAAGCGCCGUGAUUUCAUCGUCAAAUUCUAUUCGUCGCACUCCUGCACGGUGGUGUUGGAGGCACGGGCCGAAGCGACCGAUAUCCGGAUAAAAUACAAUCGCGAAAUGCAGCGGAUGAUAGACCAGCGGCGCCAAGAGAAAAAGGAAAAGCCCGCGACAACCUCCAACUUCCUCCCGGCCACCACUGACAUCCACACCUUGCCGACGACCACAUCCAAUUUCAUGAAUCUCGCC